AUGAGCAAAUUUUGCUUCGAGGCACUGGAUAAGAAAAUGAGAGAUUUGAUGAGGUUCAAAUAUGAUCAGAAUCGAAAAUUGCCUUUUGGGGGAAAAACAAUUGUUUUCAGUGGGGAUUUUAGACAAAUCUUACCAGUGAUCCCAAAACGAACAAGACAAAACAUUGUAAAUGCGUGUUUAAACUCAUCAUAUCUAUGGCAGCAUUGUGAAAUAUUAAAGCUCACUGUAAACAUGCGACUACAAUGUAUGACUACAGAUACUCCGGCAGAAGAUUUAAAGCAAUUUGCUGAAUGGAUUCUUCAGGUCGGCAAUGGAACAUCUGAAGGAACAUGUGAUGGAUGCAACAUGAUUAACAUACCUCCUGAAUUGCUUAUCACUAAUUAUAAUGAUCCUAUACAGGCAAUGAUUGAAGCAAUCUAUUCUGAUUACAUUGCUGACAUAGCUAACGAAAGCUACUUGAAAAGUCGAGCUAUUUUAGUUCCUACAAUUCAUGUUGUAGAUGAGGUAAAUGAUUACAUGACUGCAAUGAACAACAAUCAAUGCAGGACCUAUGUUAGUUCCAAUAAGUCUCUGUCUGAAGGAGGUAACAAUGAAAUUGAAGGCAUCCACACACCAUAA